AUGCCGCGACUCGUGCCGCUGCUACGUCAAGACGCGACGGACGAUGCAGUGACGCCUCGAUGUACGACGGCUGAGGAGCUGUUUGCGUCACGUCUGGACUCGCCAGUGAUGUGCGUACAGCGAAAAGCAGCAGCAGCACAGUACAGUGCGUCAUUUGUAGCCAUGUCGACACUGGACACGCGAUCGACUGGUAUUGUUGACAAAAGAAGCAAUUGCGACGUGAUAGGGAACACCGAGCAGACAAGGGCUGAAACGUGCAGUAUUGAUCAAUGUGUAGACAGGGCUCUACUGGUUGCACGAGCAGGAAAGCACGUGCUGUUUUUGGUGCGGGACCCGAAAGCAGUGACGAAACGACUGCUGUUUGCCGUCACUGGUACCGUGAGUAACACAAUGGACGUGGCUGCCGAAGAAGUCCUGCACCGAGUUUGUUUUCGCCAGUGUCGUAGUGUCUACGAGCUGCUACAAGAGCUUGAUCAUGUCGAAACGAGGCGGCAGAAGCAGGGGACGCGAGGACACUUGGAUGUCGAGUUUGUGGCUCUUGGACCGUUGUGUGAUUUCUUUUCAGGGUUUGAGACCGCUGCGGGCAUCACGGCUACAGGUGCCGGGCUGAAGCGGUUGCUAGAGCUCGCUGUCAAGCGGUUGCGUGCGACGACGUGUACUCAAGUCAGUCUCAUCUCAAGUGGAUCAUACUAG